AUGCCGCCCGAACUCCAUCAAGCCAUUCAAACUCCCCUCAACUCUUCCAAUCGCAAGGACACACGAAUUGGUUUAGAACAAUUUGUCGUUGACGCGGAGAGAGAAAUCAUCCGGCUGAGACAGACGAUCUUCGCAGCAAAAACUUCUAUCAACGAGUGCACCUCCAUAUGGACUCUGCCGCCAGAGCUUAUAACAGAGAUCUUCAUUCUUGCAUGUCACCCCGAGUACGAUGCUACCAGGGAGGGGUUAGGCGAGCAGGAAAUGUGGCCUCUGCGCCUUGGUGCAGUUUGCAAGGCGUGGCGCGAUCUUGCCUGGUCUUCGAGCCAACUCUGGUCUUCUAUAGUUUUUGUAAGCCGAAGAGACACUUUGACAUUCGAUCUUCAAGAUAUCCUGGGUUCGUGGAUUUCACGGUGUAAAAGCCGCCCUCUCUCAAUCCACAUCGACGCACCAAAUCUGGACAUAUGUUGCGGUCACGUAUUCUACACGUCUACCUUCAUCGGCACAGCGUCAAGAUGGAAAAACGUCUCACUACGCCUCCCCCAAGGAUUCCUCUGUUAUUUCGUAAAUUUGGUCAGCUGUUUUCCCAUCCUGGAGCAACUUUCUCUCAUAACACCUGAUCUUGUCUCCGGGCGCGAAUGGAACUUCGGAGAAAGCCUCAAUAUACUCCGAUCUUCGACUAUGCCGCAAAUCAAGCGUCUCUACCUGCCACAAUAUGUAAAAUCCUUUGAUAUAUGGCCCUCCGCCUUACGAUCGCUUACGACGUUGUCUAUGGAUUACAUCUACGAUGAUCAGGCCUAUCACAUCCUCAAUUUUACUUCAAACUCCCUGCAAGAAUUUGUUGCACAGCAUCUCAUGGCUGACAAUAUGGACAGGAGAGAAAAUCGCCCUUUGAUUCUGCCUAUCCUGCGACGCCUGGUGUUGAAGCGUGCACUCGAUUACAAUUUCGCAGGUCUGAACAAGCUGCUAUUAAAAAUCAUUACCCCCUCAAUCAAAGAACUGACUAUUGAAUUAUGCAACGAUCAUACAUUGAUUCCAUCCCUGCCCGACUUCAUGUCGGACUUUUCAAGGAGCCUCCAGCGACUACACAUUACUUGUCUUGGAUUGAACUCGCUGGCAGACUGCAGAUGGUUGAUCAGUUGCAUUUUGAAAGUUGACUCACUCUUGGAAUUACAUUUCACAGGUGACGAGCAGAGCCGCGAAGCGCUUGUGGACUGCUUAGGCCCCGCUGCACCGAAAGAAUCAAGUGGCGAUCAUCUGCCUCUGCUCGAAACGUUUACAAUUACCGUCGAUAUGGGCGUUCUGCCCAUUGAAGGUCUUCAGAAAAUGUUGGUCUACAGAUUUUCCGGAGUUUCUACCACUUGCGUAAGGCUAAAAACGGUUCGCAUUGAAACUUGCGGAUGCUUCUGGGAGGAUAUAAACGUCCUCCGAACGGCACUAGCUGAUAGCAAAUCGGAGAUUACAUUUGCCACCCUCAAGGAUCAGUAUUGUGAUUGCGCUUCUUCGGAUGACAAGCCUGAAUAG